AUGGUCCAGCAGCAUGGGCACCUGCAUGCCAAGACUUUGACACUGAUGAAUCACCAAGCUUUGGCAUAUCGGGACAUGGACAAGACCGAAGAUGCUUUGCAGUUGUACAGAGAGGUGCAUGAUGGGUGCAAGCAGACCCUAGGCAUGCAGCAUCCCUACACGUUGGCCAGUAUCUCCAACUUGGCGAACAUUCUUUUCGAAAUGGAUCGCUUGGACGAGGCCAGGCCUUUGCUCGAGGAGGCGCUCGAAAGGCAAUCAGAAAUGCUGGGUUCCAGGCAUUUGGAUACGUUGCAAACAGCGCACAGCUUGGCGCUACUGUUGGAAGAACAGGGAGAGUUUGACAAGGCUGAGCCUUUGUACAUACGAGCCUAUGAGGGGCAGAAGUCCUCAUUGGGUCCAAAGAACCCGACGGUCUUGCAGACGGCAGUGAACCUCGCUGGCCUGAAGCAGGCUCCUUGA